AUGGAUCUUCUAUGCAGCGUUUGUGGCGAUAGGGCCUCUGGAAGACAUUAUGGAGCUAUUUGCUGCGAUGGAUGUUCCUGCUUUUUCAAAAGAAGCGUCAGAAGAUCAGCUAUUUACACGUGCAUAGCAGGAAAAGAAAAUUGCGUUAUAGAUAAAGCACGAAGAAACUGGUGUCCUUAUUGUCGAUUUCAAAGGUGCCUAUCAGCAAAAAUGAAUACAACAGCUGUUCAGCAAGAAAGGGGACCUAGAAAACCAAAGAAAAAAAUAUUAAAUAUGAUACCACAUGAAGAUUGUAGGCAAAAUCGUUUCAAAUUCAAAAUUGCAAAUUUUUCUCGAAGCAGCCGCAAAACUCAAUUUACUUUAAAAUGUGCUGUUGAUAUGCAAGGCCAUGUAUUUUUGGACAUAAUUGCACAAAUUCUCCUUACUUCUGUGAAACAAGCGCGAAAUAAUUCCACAUUCAUGAAAUAUGACAAAAAGCAGCAAGAUACUUUACUGGCAUAUGUUUGGCAUGAAUUAUUUAUAUUGAAAUCAGUCUACUGGCCUGUAGACCUUACAAAUUUUUAUUUGAGAGCUUAUGAACUGUUGGAUACAAAUACAGGCAAUUGCCUAAAACAAGCUGUAAAGAUUUGUUCAAACUUGCAAGCAGAUGAUUUCGAAUUACAUUUUAUGGUCACAUUAAUUCUUUGUAGAAAAGAAUUCAGCUUGAAUCCAGAAACCGAUAGUUUAUCAGAUUCUUCAACUGUUAGUACUCUGCUGGCCUUACAACAAUACAAUUUGGAGAAAAGAAAUGAGUGGUGGACGAGAUGCGGCCAAAUGCUUAUUGCUCUCAGGAGUUUGUGCGCUGUGGAUAGCCAAAUUCUAAAGGAAGUCUUCUUAAAACCUGUGAUUGGUGAUGUUGAAUGGGAUUUAGUUAUAGCAACUAUAUAG